CUGCCCGCCGGACUUCACAGUCUCCAGCCCCCGGCUCCAGACUUCAGCCGCCGCCACCAACCCCCCACCCUCCUAGAGGACUCCCUGGGCGGGGCCGAUCGCGAGGAGCAACCCCCCGGACUGCCUCUCAGAGCAGGGUGGGGAAGGGGAUCGUAGUCCUCCGCCACCUCCGAGCAGGCCUCCAGGUGAGCGCCGGGACAGACAGCGCUACAGGCCCGCUUGAGCGUCAAGUUCACAAACUUGAAGUGGAGCUGGCCAGUGGAGUUGUGUGUUGUUCUUCAGCUGCUUUAAACCGUGUGAGUACAGGCACAGGACUCUGGCGGCCGGAGAUGGGCGCCCGGCCCUCGCGGCGGCGGCGGCUGCCCGCGGACCCGCCCAUAGCCUUGGACGCGCUGCCCCCGGAGCUGCUCGUGCAGGUGCUGAGCCACGUGCCCCCGCGCGCGCUAGUGAUGCGCUGCCGCCCGGUGUGCCGCGCCUGGCGCGACGUGGUGGACGGGCCCACCGUCUGGCUGCUGCAGCUGGCCCGCGACCGCAGCGCGGAGGGCCGCGCCCUCUAUUCGGUGGCCCAGCGCUGCCCGCCCAACAACGAGGAUGAGGAGGAGUUCCCGCUCUGCGCUCUGGCGCGCUACUGCCUGAGAGCGCCCCUAGGCCGCAACCUCAUCUUCAACUCCUGCGGAGAGCAGGGCUUCAGAGGCUGGGAGGUGGAGCACGGCGGGAAUGGCUGGGCCGUGGAAAAGAACCUCAUAAUGAUGCCGGGCGCUCCUUCCCAGACCUGCUUCGUGACUUCGUUCGAAUGGUGCUUUAAGAGGCAGCUUGUGGACUUGGUGAUGGAAGGGGUGUGGCAGGAGCUGCUCGACAGCGCCCAAAUCGAGAUCUGUGUGGCCGACUGGUGGGGUGCCCGGGAGAACUGCGGCUGCAUCUACCGGCUUCGGGUCCGCCUCCUGGACGUGUAUGAAAAUGAAGUGGUCAAGUUCUCGGCCUCACCCAACCCGGUCCUUCAGUGGACUGAGAGAGGCUGCCGACAGGUCUCCCACGUCUUUACCAACUUUGGCAAGGGUAUCCGCUAUGUGUCUUUUGAGCAGUAUGGAAGAGACACACGUUCCUGGGUGGGGCACUACGGCACCCUUGUGACCCACUCCAGUGUGAGGGUCAGGAUCCGCCUGUCCUAGCCAACCAGCCUGACCCAGCCUUCCUGGACAGACCUCCAUCUGCCGGACACUAACAUCAAUCAAGGGCGGCUUUUGCAGCCAGGAGCCAGAGAACGCCUGAGGAAGGGUUUGGGGAGGUCCUGUGUGGCCUGUUCCCAGCACUCCUCCAGUGAACCCCAUUUGCUGCUACUUCAGCCAAGGUACCAGGGAUCCAACCCAGGCUGGUCACUUGCUUCCCCAGGGCAGUGUCAAAGAGUAACUCAGAGACCUGUAUUGUACUUGUAAACUUCUUUUCCACACGUGUGCUGAUCAGUUGAUGCUGGUUUAGUCACCAAGUCGUGUCCAACUCUUGCAACCCCAUGGACUGUAGCCCACCAGGCUCCUCUGUCUAUGGGAUUUCCCAGGCAAGAAUACUGGAUUGCCAUUUCCUUCUCCAGGUGAUCUUCCUGACCCAGGGAUCAAACCCACAUCUCCUGCAUUGCAGGUGGAUUCUUUAGUGACUGAGCCACCAGGGAAAUCCUAUCAGUUGAUGUGUUAGUCGCUCAGUCGUGUCCAAGUCUUUGUGACCCCAUGGACUGUAACCCACCAGGCUUCUCCAUCCAUGGGAUUCUCCAGGUAAGCAUACUGGAGUGGAUUGCCAUUCCCUUCUCCAGAGGAUCUUCCCAACCCAGGGAUUGAACCCACUGAGUCAAAAAACAAAGGCCAAGCCCAGGUUAAGAACAGAGGAAUGCUGCUGACAAUCCUGGACAAGGACUCUUGUCAGCAUAUUUUGGGGUUAAGGCAAUUGCUGGCAGGGAGCAGAGGUUGUCCUCAGGGGGACCGACAGGGGCCUCAAAGGGAACCCAUCCUCUCGUUUCGGGGAGUCUCUGGGACUCAUUAGUGGGGCCCAUGCAAGCUCCUCCAGCACCGCACCCAACAGCACCUGUUCUCUGAGCCAUACAGGUGCCAUUUCUUUCAGAAUUCCUAAGGCGCAGUCUGCACUGACCCCCAAACUAUAUCCGCUACCCCCACCUCCUGGCCCUGCGUCGGGCAGCCCUCCUUCUGCCAAGGUGACAGCCUCCUUUUCUCCACACUUGAGCCCACUUGGAGAAGGACUCCAGGAGCAAAGCUCCCCUGGUGUCUUCCACUGUUUCCCUAGCUGAGUGCACCUGACAAGCUAGCUUAAUAAAAAAUUGGUGCAGAGCGUGAGCUGAUGGGGGAUUUUAUCUGUAACUGAUGUGCUUGUCUGCCCCCAGCUCUGAUCCUAGAAGGCCAUGUGGGAUAUUUCCAAAAGUGAGAACCUCAGGUGUGCUAAGUGCCAUGCAAGAAGUGGGUGAGCUUCGAGAACACAGAUGGGUCACCAGGACUCAGCCAACAGCUCCCCUGCCUGUUCUCAGCUAUUCUCCCAGCAGUUCUCAGGGAGGUACCCCGUCGUCACUACCAUUUGGUCCAGAAGGAAACAGGUUCAGAGUUUAAAAGGCCUGCCCAGGGUCACCUGGCCGGGAAGUAGGGGAAGCCAGACUUGCACCAGACGUUGGGCUUCAGAGCCCAGUGAUAUAUGCUCAGCUCCCAAAUCUUAAAACCACGGGACUGCCCCAGUGGUCCAGUGGGCAAGACGCUGCACUUCCAGUCUGAGGGGAGAGAGUUCAAUCGUUGGUAGAAGAAUUAAGAUCCCACAUGCCGCACAGUGUGGCCAAAAAACAGAAAAAGAAACCUCUAACCUGGCCAAACACGUGAUCGGGUGAGGUCCGCAUCACUCUCAGUGCCAUGGAAAUGGAGCCAGAGUGGGGAACAAAUACACCUGGAGUCACAGAGCAAGGAAGAGGUGGAAGUAGGAUUUGAACCCAGGUGCGUGUGUCUGAGUAGAGCCAUGCACGCCAACCAAUCCCGGCAACACCGCUUUGCCACCAACAUUACAAUUACUGCCACUUUUCAGAUGAGGAAGCUUGACAGGAAGGCUUUCAUGUCCAGGCCCUUGGCCUGAAGGGAGGGGAACGGGACUUCAGCGCUGCCCACCUGAUUCCAAAGCUUAUAACAGCAGUCACUGCAUGUGCUAUUAUACACGUAAAAGCAUCUGGUUUAAUCGUCACCAAAUCCAACAGAGGGGAUAUGUGAGCAGAGUUAUUUUUUUUCUGGUGAAGGAAAUUGAGGCCAGGGGAGAUGUCCAGUUGCCAAGACCGCAAAGAGGGUGAAUACCACACAAGAGGGUUCAGGUCACAUACCUUGGGGGCUGGGGUCUUUAUUGCAAACCCUCCCCAGUAGAUAGCAGUACAGAGUCUUGUCUCAGCAGAAGAGGUUGCUGGAGCCAGCAUGAAGCCAAAGGUGUUGGGAGAGGGGCACCCAGGACCCCUAUGGGUUAAGGGUCCACUGGUCUGGGCUUUGAACCCAGACCAGCUACUUCUAGAGCUGGACUUGCUUCCUGAGGGCACUGCAGGUGCACCAAGGGAAAGAAAGUUCUCCUGCGUGAUGAUCCACCCACCGGGUCCCCCACAGUCACUUCUUCUUCUGCACGUGGCCACAGUCGUACUUGCCGCGCACGACCUUGAGCUUGACACCUGGCAGGUCCUGCGUGCGGCCGCCCUCUACGAGGACCACGUGGUGCUCCUGCAGGUUGUGGCCCUCUCCAGGGAUGAAGCAGACGGCCUCCCGGCCAGUGCUAAGCCUCACGCGGC